CAAAGAAGAGGGAGGGACAGAACGAUAGCAGAAAGCUCUCUUCUUUCUUUAUAGUUUUAAUUUCUUCUCUGGCCUAUUCAUUGCUUCUUUUUUUUCAACAACUAAUGUCACGGACCCAUCUCUUCGAAUUUGAUUUUCAACCGCCCAGGGAGAGUGAGAGGAAAGCAUUUAGGUUGUUUCGAUGGAAGGAGGCCGGAAUUGAAGCACUCUGUUGGACUUCUCCAUUAGGUUUGAGCUCUCAUCUGGUUUCCUGAUCUGGGUUUCUCGGUUUUUGGUAUUGUUAGUGCCGAAGUAGUCGAUGGAAGAACACCAAGAACAGAAGCAUUUAUGCAAGUUCUGUAAGAAGACUUUCCCCUGUGGAAGGUCCCUCGGAGGUCAUAUGAGGUCUCAUAUGACGAUGAAUUCAGUUGAAACUGACGAGAAGCUUACCAGGAAAAAGGUAUCUUCUGUGAACGGAGAAAGAAACAGUAACAACUACAUGUGUUCUGAAGCUGGUGGUCACGUUGGUUAUGGCCUCAGAGAGAAUCCCAAGAAGACUUGGAGGCUUUCGGGUUCAAAAGACGGUGCUCUGCGUGAAGGGAAGGCAUGUAAAGAAUGCGGUAAAGGCUUUCAGUCAUGGAAAGCUCUCUUUGGUCACAUGAGAUGUCACUCCGAGAGAGAGAGGAUCUGCGAAAGCUUGGAGGAUGAUUCAUGGACCGAUGAAAAUCAAAAGCUGGUCAUGGACAGCCAAUCUGACAACGAAGCUGCCGCCCCGAGGCGGAGGAGGAGAUCAAGAAGAAUGAGGUACAAGACAAUUUCAACUUCAUCUUCUUUCUCUUUUGCUAACGCUUCUUCUUCUGUCUCGGAUAUUGAGCAAGAACAAGAAGAGGUGGCCAUGUGUUUGAUGAUGCUGUCUAGGGAUGUGGGUCAUUGGGGUGGAUUGAAUUCGGUUGCAGAGUAUUCUGAUAAUAAUUCUGUAGUUUUAGAAGCUAGAUCAUCAGGUUUCCAUAAGCAGGUUACUAGAAAAGGAGGCACAGAUUUUACUUCUUAUGGAGAUGAAACUAUGAAGAUGAAGAAACCAAGAGAAAGAAGGUUAGAAUCUGGUGCUUCAGAUCCUGAGAAUGCUCAUGUUCAGAAGGGAAGAUCUGAAUGUGGUGCUUCCAAUUCUGGGGUUUUGAGGAGUGGGAUCAAGAAAGUGGAAUCCGAAGUUUCUCUUGUUGGGUUUCCCAUGGAUGAUGAAUUUAAGAAGCCUAAGAUGGAUAAAAUAGCUGGCUUUGAGUUGUCAGAUAUGGAAUUAAGGAAGGAUUCCUGUAACAAAAACAAGCUCAGUCCUAAGAAGGGUAAACUGAAGUAUUCUGAAGCUGAAUUGGGGAAACGUUCUACUAAGGAAACUGGAAGGAAUCGGACUAAUUGGGAGUAUAAGAAGUACAAUUCGAGCAAGAGAACCAGAACUGAUGCUUAUAUUCCUGAAUUGGGAGGAGACUUCUGCAAGAAGAAAAAAUAUGAUGCUUUGGAUUCUGAAGCCUGCGGAGACAGUCAAAAGAAAAGCAGGUUUGAGUGCACUACUUGCAACAAGAUCUUCCAUUCUUAUCAGGCUCUUGGAGGCCACAGGGCCAGCCACAAGAAGGUCAAAGGAUGUUUUGCAUCAAAGGUUGACAGCAGUGAUAAUAGCAUUGAAACAGAUGCUUCUCCUGAGCCAACAGCUGACAGUAAGCUUGUUAGGUCUUGCAGUAAUGAGAACAUUAUAGAUCGAGAUGUUGCUGGCAGUGUGGAGGCAAGUUCUGGACCAAAGAAGAGUAAGGGGCAUGAGUGCCCAAUCUGCUUCAAGGUUUUCUCAUCAGGCCAAGCUUUGGGUGGCCACAAACGGUCCCAUUUGAUUGGGGGCUCUGAAGCCAGAGGCAAUCAGACCAUUGUAAUUCAGCAACAGCUUCCUGAGAUUCGUGAUCUACUUGAUCUCAAUCUCCCUGCUCCUAUUGAGGAAGAUUCCAGUGGCCGCGUUGGGUUUAACCCAUGGUGGGUUGGAAGCAACCACAAACAUGAGGCUAUGGUAGGUAUGAUCUCCAACUGAGUAAACUGAUGCUUACCGCGGUUCUCAUGAAGAUUCAAGAGUGUACAGACAAGUUGGUGGAUAUUAUUUCAUUAAUUCUUUACGUAUUCAACAAUAUGCCCUAUGGAGGUAAUUAGUAAUAGUUCUCUUUGCUGCUUAAAAGCUUCUAAGUAGCAUUUUACUUUUCUUAUCCUGGUUCUUGAGCUCUUUUUUCUUUUUUCCUCUUCUAUGUUUUCCAAUCUGAGAAUAAAGCAACAUUGUCACAAUAUUUCAAGUUCAUCAAUAUGUCUCAAUUUGAAACUAUAUACUGUAAUUGGCAUUUGCAUUUCUUCUUUCAGUGUAACUUUCCCUGAUUAAAGCCAUCAAUGCAAAUUCAGA